AUGAGUUUCAUGCCACGUGAAGAGCAAAAUAGUACUGAAUCACAUUUAACAGUAAAAAAAUUAUUUGUUGCUGGUUUACGUGAUGGUAUUGAUGAAGCAUGUCUACGACAAUAUUUUUCUCGUUUUGGAAAUAUUACUGAAAUUCUUAUUAUGAAUGAUCGUGAUGGUAAACCUCGUGGUUUUGCUUUUGUUUCAUUUGAUGAUUAUGAUGCUGUUGAUAAAAUUAUUCUUGAAAAACCACAUUUAGUUAAUGGUCGAACUUUAGAUGUUAAAAAAGCUGUACCAAAAGAAAAAAUACAAGAAACAACAGGAAAUUCAUCUGGAACAUCAUUUCCUAGAAAUUAUUCUGGUUCUAAUCAAAGAAAUACUUUUGAAUCAAUGCCAGAUAAUAAUAGAGGUUGGAAUAAUCAAAAUUAUAAUCAAUCACAAUCUUCAUCAUAUGAUCGACAAGAAUAUAAUUCAAAUGGAUCUGGUUUCAAUCCAUCAAUGCCAUCGAAUACAAAUGCUUUUCCUUCAUCAUAUAAUUCAAUGGGACAAAAUCAACCACAACAAUCAUUGAUGAAUUAUAAUUCGUAUAAUACUAAUUCAAAUAUACCUUUUAAUAAUAAUUCAAAUCAAACAUCAAAUUCAAAUUUUAUGCCACCAUCUUAUGGAUCAAAUCAACAACAAGGUUAUGAUACAAAUCCAAGUGGUUUCAAUGCCAUGAAUAAUCCAUUUCAUUUACCACUACCACAACAACAACAAACCAAUAGUGGCUCAUCUAUGCAAAAUCCAUUUGAUAAUUCAAAUUCAUAUGAUAUUAAUUCACAAAAUUAUAAUGAUAAUAGAAUGAAUUACAAUGAUAUGCCACAACAAUCACGUGGAAGAGGUUCUAUGCGUGGUAAACGAGGUCGAGGAGGUGGUUCUUUUGGAACUAAUAGUUCAUCAAAUUAUGGUAACCGUUCAGCACCAUACCCAAAACGUGGUAAUGCUCGGGGUGGUGGUAAUGUAUCAAAUUAUAGUGGCCGUGGUCGAGGUCGUGGCCAAUAA